AUGUGCUUUGGCUUCGGCGGUUUCAGCUCUGUGAAACCCAAACCACCCCGCAGAGAAAAGUAUGGGAAUAACGAAGAAAAGUACCUUCGUGAUUAUGUGCGCUAUGAAAUCAAGUACGAGGAAUAUAUGAAUAAGGAUAAUCGGCGGAGGCGGAUGGUGGAUGCUAAUGCUGGUGCUGUUGGGGGGAUAUCUGUUGCUACUGGAGGAUAA